AUGGAUCCGGAAUCCGCAAAGCCUGAGGCUCAGUCCUCCGAGUCCGCAAUGGACCCCAAACCCACCGACAGCGAGACCACCGAUGCUCCGUCGGGCAAUGGAGACAAGAAGCAAUGGCGCGACAAAGGCGUCCGCGGCAACAAGCGUAAAUGGCAGCAGGGCGGCAAUAUCCAGCAUGGUUCGCGCGACAAGCGCGCCCGCAAUGAGGACGAAAAGGCCAAGCGCCGCCGCCUAGAAGCCGAGGGCAUCGAGUCUGUCCUCCCCAAGGCCUUCUCCAAGGAAGAGGUUGAAGCAGAGGAGCGUCGUCCUAAACGCAAGGUCGUCGUCAUGAUCGGAUACUCGGGCAGUGGCUACAAGGGCAUGCAGAUUAUGCCGAACCACCGGACCAUCGAGGGUGAUCUUUUCACUGCAUUCGUCAAGGCUGGUGCCAUCUCGAAGGCCAACGCCGACGACCCCAAGAAAUCUGCCCUCGUCCGCUGCGCAAGGACCGACAAGGGCGUGCAUGCUGCUGGAAACGUCAUCUCACUCAAGCUCAUCAUUGAAGACCCGGACAUUGUCGAGAAAAUCAACAGCCACCUCUCCCCUCAGAUCAGAGUGUGGGGAAUUGAACGGACUACCGGUAGUUUCAGCGCCUACCAGGCUGUCGACUCGCGUUGGUACGAGUACUUGAUUCCGACCUACUCCUUCCUCCCACCCCACCCCAACAGCUAUCUCGGAAAGAAGCUCGUCGAGCUGGCGGAUGAGGCGGGUGAUCGCGAGGGGUACGAGUCAAGGCAAGAGGAAGUUGCCGAUUUCUGGAGGGACGUGGAUGAGAAGCAUAUCAAACCUGCUUUGGAACAGUUGAAGCCAUGGGUUAGAGAGCUUGUCGAGAAGGCCCUCUGGGAAUCGGAGACCGACCCUGAAGCUCCUAACGAAAAGACCAAUGAGGCUGCUGCCGAGGAAGCUGCUGACAUGGCCCAGCCAGUUCGUGUUGGUGGUGAAAAUGCUUCCGACCCCAUGAAUGUUGAUGUUAGCGAGAAGACCGAGGAAGCUGCCAUCAUCAUAAACGAGCCAGGGAUUACCAAGGCAUCGGAGCCGAUGGAUACUGAUACGACAAAGCCUGAGUCGGCACCAGCCGCGGACGACUCAGUUCAGACCACCGACGACGACCCGAACGCAUCUGCCGAAGACGACAUGCCCCCCACCGAUCCUGAAAAGCUUACUUUGGGCCAGAAGCGCGCGAUAGAAUCUGCGAUUAAGAAAAUCAAGGCCAUCUACAUGGACGCCAAGAAGGCUUACCGUGUGCCCGCGAAGCGCAUCGAUCGCCUCCGUGACGCUCUCAAUGCCUACGUUGGUACGAAGAACUACCACAACUACACGGUGAACAAGAAGUUCAAGGACCCUUCGGCCAAGCGUCUGAUCAAGAGCUUCAAGGCUGCCGAAGAGCCCAUCAUUAUCAACGGCACCGAGUGGAUCAGUCUCAAGGUCCAUGGGCAAAGUUUCAUGAUGCAUCAGAUCCGGAAAAUGGUUGGUAUGGCAGCGCUGGUUGUCCGCUGCGGCUGUCCUGUGGAUCGUAUUGCCGAGACGUUUGGCGACGUGGAUGUCGCGAUCCCGAAGGUGCCUGGCCUUGGCCUGCUGCUUGAGCGGCCGGUUUUCGACUCGUAUAACGCAAAGGCUGCCGAUAAGUUCAACCGCGAAAAGGUUGAAUUCACCAAAUACGAGAAGGUUAUGGAGGAGUUCAAACAGAGGGAGAUUUACGAAAGGAUCUUCCGCGAGGAAGAGGAGAGCAAUCAGUUCAACCAAUUUUUCGCGCACAUUGACGGUUACAAAGAACCGUUCUUCCUUUACCUCAGCUCCAAGGGCAUCAAGGCGUCCACAGGGCCGGAAGCUGAAAAGGCAAAGGACAAGAGCAGGACCACUAAACCCAAGGAGUUCAAUGGCGACUCCGAGAGCGAUGCCGAAGCUGGUGAUGGUUGA